UUAAAGGUGUAUAAAUUUAUAAUUUUUUAAAAAAAGUUGAAGAGCUUUGUCAUUUCUUCAAGUUAUCACUGGUGCGAGAUCGUCUCAGGCAGUUCUAAUUUUUUGAUCCGACAUCUUACAUAUGAAGUCUAGUAUGACGCUGCAAAAUUUUCCAUAUAGCGAUCAUGUCAUCCUCGCUAACUUCGUUGCUUAAAUUUUAAGACAUAUAAUCAAGACCCAGAUCCUCAUUUUGCCUGUUCUGGACUUAAAAAUCUGACUUAAAAAUCUCAGAAACCCACUUGAACUAGAAUGGAUCCGUCUUUCUCAGAGGAGGAUUUUAAAGCAUGCUGCGGAAGCACGAAAUUCGCUUCAGAGAUGGCCAAGGGCUGCCCAUUUUCCAGCCUUUCACAAGCAGUGGACUUGUCCAGGGAAAUAUGGUUUAACAAGGUGGAUGUUCCUGGUUAUCUGGAAGCCUUUGCAGCCCAUCCCCAGAUUGGAGACGUAAAGUCCCUGAACAAUAAAAGCGCGAGCAGUACAGAGUGGUGCAAAGGAGAACAAUCUGCAGCAUUAAGCACUGCAACAGACUCAACUUUGAAGGAGCUUGUUGACUGGAAUCACAAAUACAAGGAAAAGUUUGGGUUCAUUUUCCUGAUCUGUGCAUCUGGAAGAAGCACUCCUGAAAUAUUAGAUGCUUUGAAGAAUCGCUUUGGAAAUAGACCUAUAGUUGAGCUUGAAAUUGCGGUUGGGGAGCAACAGAAGAUAAUUGAGUUGCGGCUUGCCAAACUAUUCACUGAGAAGGGACGCGUCAGUCAAAUAGUCACUGCAGCCAAUGAGGCUGCACCUGUGGAGUCAACGGGUUUUUUGGUUGCAGAUCGUCGAUUGAGUCAAAUCGGGGGGCACUUGAUAAGUUCUGCUGGGGGUUUGGAAAACGUUCCUCUGCAUUCUUCGUCACGAUCUCGUCCUCCUAUAACAACCCAUGUCCUGGAUGUUUCUCGUGGGAAGCCUGGUGCAGGGAUUAAAGUCCUGCUAGAGUCAUGGAAGGGUUCUUCGGCGGUUCCUGAUACGUUGCCUGGUUUGAGAGACGCUACUGGCUGGGCUUUAUUAGGAUCCUCAACCACAGAUGAUGAUGGGCGGUGUGGAUCACUGAUGCCUGUACUUGAUCAUGUACCAGCUGGUAUUUACAGGAUAAGCUUCAACACCGGUGAAUAUUACAUGAAAAUGGGUGCUGAUAUACCAGGAAAUGAAACAAAAGGGGGAUUUUAUCCAUACGUGUCCAUCGUCUUUGAAAUUAAAUCAUUUCAAACAUUGGAGCAUUUCCACGUUCCUGUCUUGCUUUCUCCCUUCUCGUUCACAACUUACAGGGGAAGCUAGCCAUGUUUGUAAUUUUCUGUAUUACAUUCACAGCUUGUAUGGACUUAAACAUGAUUAAGCUGUAUGCCUCGACUGUCAUUAAACCCUUUAAUCUUAUCCUCUUAUGGUUUUGGUAAUAUAUUUUAUUAACCGAUCAAAAGUUUUUGUUUUUU